CAGUUCAGAACAAUUUGAAAUCGCUCUGUUUUCUAUGAAUUAGCAUUUGACCGGUUCUUACAUCCCCGACUCAUUAUCCAGCUUCAAAUAUAACGACACGACAUUUUUUCAGACGUUGUUUAAGAAGCUAAGUUAGCAUGCUAGCGGCUAGCGGGCUGUUAGCGGACGGUUAUGUUGCUGUGAAGUUGUGAAGCUGAUGGAGGAGAAGUUGUUUAAAUGUCGUUGCAGUGAAGUUAACGGUUGUAAAGACAUGGAGACGUUAAGUUUGGUGUCGUCGCUAAGUUGAAGUGUGUUUUUAAGAUGUCGCCGCUAGUCAGAGCGAGUUUCUUUCACUUUUUAAAGUUUGAUGCACCUGUUGCGAGUUGAAUCUGCCUGUGAUUCCCACUGAUCCCAUGAUUUAAACGGUUUUAAAAGCUCCUGUUACAAAACCGUCUUUUCAAACAAACACAACAGACAAACUGGGGGAUAAUUUAUUGGUUAAUUUCACAUUUCGUUUCACCCCUCCCCUCUGAGCUGUCGAGUUUCACUUCCUGCUUUCUCAGGUGAGCGCAAAGAUUGAUCCAGAACGACAGACAGAGAGUGAAACGGAGACAAAGACAGAGGGACGACGAUGUUUGAAAAUGUCCCGACAGUGUCCUCAGCGGAGCGUCAGCAGGUACUGGGAGCUCUGGACCGUCUGCACUCCAAACUGGUCCAGAGGGAAGAGUGGACCCACAGUGACACCCUGGGAAACCUGAGGGAGACCCUUCAGAGUCCACUGUUCAACCACAUCCUGACCCUGCAGCAUUCCAUCAAACAGCUCCGCAGCCAGUUGAGCAGUAUGCCUCCUGAUGCCUGCAGUGAGUUCAGUUUCUCCAAAAAGGGUCAGCUGAUCAUGAGCGCUGUUAAUCCCGCCAGCAGCUCGGCCCCGCCCACCCUGUCUGCCUCCUCCUCCAUCCUGACCAAUGGCUCGUCUCCGCCCAUCGAUCAGACUGACCUCCUCCAGAAGUGGAUCCUCACCGCCGCCAAGGGCCGUCACACGGAGUUGGUCAGUCUGACUCGGCCAUUCUCUGGUGGUCUGGGCUUCAGCGUGGUCGGUCUGAAUCCUGCAGGAAGCAGCAGUCAGGGAGUCUUCGUCAAACACAUCCAGCCUGGAGGCAUCGCACACAGGGAUGGGCGUCUCCAGGAGCGGGACCAGAUCGUGGUGAUAAACGGUUGUCCUCUGGAGCCGGGGAUCAGCCAGCAGCAGGCCCUCACCCUCCUGCAGCAGCCUGGAGAAAUGGUGGAGCUGGUGGUGGCGAGGGACCGCCCACCCAACGCAGCGUCACCCGUCAUCACGGAUCAGUGGGGUCACGUGGAGGAGAUCGAACUGUUGAACGAUGGAUCCGGUUUGGGCUUCGGCAUUGUGGGAGGGAAGACGACUGGGGUGGUGGUCCGGACCCUCGUCCCAAACAGUGUGGCUGAUAAGGAUGGGCGUCUCCGCACAGGCGACCACAUCCUUCGCAUUGGGGCGACGCCCACCAGCGGCCUCAACAGCGACCAGGUCGUCAAGGUGCUGCAGGGGUGCGGGAGUCACGUGACCAUGCUAAUCGCCAGGGAUCCCCAAGGUCAGAGGUCGACAGGUCCGCCUCCCCCACCACCUCCAAAUUCUGCCCCGGUCUCCUCCUUACCUCCCCGACCCCCUGAACUGCCCCUCCGCCAUGACGUGGGCCCCAAGCGCCGACUCAGCAAGACGCCCAACUUGGAGGGAUAUGAGAUCCACGAGGUUCCUCUGACCAAGAAGGACGGACAGAGCCUCGGCAUCUCCAUCAUCGGCUACAACCCUCUGACCAGCCAAGAUGCAGUAGGUGUGUUUGUGAAACAUGUAGUACCAGGCAGCGCUGCCGAUCACAGCGGAAACAUCCGAAUCCACGACCGACUGAUAGCUUUGGACGGCUUCAGUCUUCACGGUAUGACCAAUCAGGAGGUGCUGGAGGUGAUGAAACAGACGGGUCAGACCGUGGUCCUCACUGUGGUCAGGAAGAAACCCAGAGUCCUGGAGAGAUCCCUGGAUAAAGUGGAGAGGGAGCCGUCUCACGUGUCACUGCGGAGGUCAUUGAAGGUGAACACUCGCUCCUCUGGGUUUGGCUCCUCAAUGAUGAAGCUGGAGCCAAUGUACCCUAACACCAGUAGCAGGGGUGAGGCCACAUACUCAUACAGCGCAGAAGCUACAGAGGCAGAACUGAGGGCUAAAUGGGAUCAAGCUCUGGGGCCACUGUACGAAGUCCUGGUGGUGCAGUUGGAUCCUGUCAUUGAAGAUGAUGCAGAGCUGCAGAAAUCCUGCAAGCUGUUACCCGUCCACACGUUGAGACUCGGGGUCGAGUUGGACUCGUUCGAUGGUCACCAUUACAUCUCCUCUGUGGCCCCUGGAGGCCCUGUGGAUAAACACGGAGUCUUGAGACCAGAGGACGAGCUUCUGGAGGUGAAUGAUGUUCAACUCUACGGAAAGUCUCGUCGAGAAGUGGUGUCGUUCCUCAAAGAAGUGCCUCCUCCGUUCACUCUGGUCUGCUGCCGACACCCAACCACCGACCUGGGACCAGGUCCAGAGUCUGAACCAGAGUCUGAACCUGACCCCGUGUUACAACCAGGAUGUGGGCCAGUGCGACAGUCACAGCCCAGUGUGGAGGAGAUUGAGCUGAAGCUGUCGUCGAUGCUCUGCAGUCAGACAGUCCUGGGAGACAACAGCAGUGACCAGCAGCAGGCAGUUAGACAGGAGCAGGUGUCCCCUGUGGCGGAGGUGCUGAAGGAGGAGAAGAUUCAACACAGCUGGGAGGAGGAAGAAGAUGAGGAGCAGGAUCAAGAUGAGGAUGAAGAAGAAGAUGAAGAUGAAGGGGAGCUGGCUCUGUGGUCGCCAGAUGUUCAGGUGUUGGAGCUGCAGAAGGAGAGAGACAAAGGCCUCGGCUUCAGCAUCCUUGACUACCAGGACCCGUUAGAUCCAGGUCGCUGUGUGAUGGUGAUCCGGUCUCUGGUUCCUGGCGGCUCAGCAGAACAUCACGGGGGUCUCCUUCCUGGAGACCAGCUGGUUUCUGUUAACCAGACCCAGCUGGACCUGCUCACCCUGGCGCAGGCUGUGGAGGUCUUGAAGUCUGCCCCACCUGGCACAGUCCGCCUUGGUAUCCGGAGGCCUCUUGUGGUGGACGGACCAGAGAGGAGGAGGGGGGACAGCAGCCACACUCAGCUGCCAGUACCAAAGGGUUUCGGUGAUGGCUCCAUCCUGCCUGAAGACCUUCAACACAAAGAAGACGAGGAGGAGGAGGAGGAGGAGGAGCCGGAGCUGAUACUGGAUGGAGGUCUGCCGCGCUACACCACCUUCUCUCUGACCUCUGACCUCCUGCCUGUAGAGGAGGGCAGGGAGAUGGCUGUGGAUGAGGAGGAGGAGGAGAAGGUGAAGAUAGAGGAGAGAGAAGAGGAGAGAAAGGGCUCUCUCCCCAGGAAACCUCCUCCCUCGUGGGAGGAGUGGAAGCUCUCCUCCUCCAGCCGGGGAGGACCAGAGGAGAGCUGGAGAAGAGAGAAGCAGGAGGAGCUGCAGAGACCAGACCUGCAGAGACCAGACCUGCAGGGACCAGACCUGCAGAGACCAGACCUGCAGGGACCAGACCUGCAGAGACCAGACCUGCAGGGACCAGACCUGCAGAGACCAGACCUGCAGAGACCAGACCUGCAGAGACCAGACCUGCAGAGACCAGACCUGCAGGAACCAGACCAUGAGGGCGUCGUGUCUGUAGGAAAUAUGAUCCUGGCUCUUCCAGACUCAAGAGACAGUGAAGCAGAUUCUGAGCUCACUCUGACAGACACCGACACAGAGUCUGUCAGAAUGAUUGACGUGGGGACGAGGAAGAGGCGGAGUCAGGGAGGAGCCUCUCAACUAAUCAGAGGAGGCAACAGCAAUCUCCCUGAAAGAGAGGAGGGGGAGGGAGAGGAAACUCCUGUCUUCAGUCACUGGGGACCCCCCCGCAGGGUGGAGGUGUGGGCUGAGGAGGAUCAGUCUCUGGGCCUGAGCAUCGUGGGAGGUCGUCAUGUCAUCAAGCGUCUGAGGAACGGAGAGGAACUGAAGGGAAUCUUCAUCAAGCAGGUUUUACCACACAGUCCUGCUGCCAAGACCCAGUGUCUGAAGACCGGAGACAAGAUUCUGGAGGUGUCAGGUGUCGACCUGCGAGCUGCAAGUCAUGAGGAGGCAGUCGGUGCCAUUAAAUCAGCUCCGAGCCCCGUCGUCUUCAUCGUACAGAGUCUGUCUGCUACACCUCGGCCUGUGUCUGUAACAGCUCCCAGCUACAGCAGACACAAAGCAAAGAGGACAACGUCUCCGAAAACAGGAGUAACAACACCCCCACUGAGACAGCCCCCACCCUACAGACCCCCCAGCCAGACAGGGCCCGAGCUGAACUCUGACCUGGAGCAGGCCAAAGAGCGUUGGUGUGAGCGUUAUGGAGACCUGCCGGGGGAGCUGCUGUGCGUGGAGCUGGACAAGGAGCGCCAGGGUCUGGGUCUCAGCCUGGCGGGAAACAGGGAUCGUUCCCGCCUCAGCAUCUUUGUGGUGGGACUCAAUCCCGGAGGACCGGCGGCUCGAGAUGGACGCAUCCGGGUCGGAGACGAGCUGCUGGAGAUUAACAAUCAGAUUCUGUAUGGGCGGAGUCACCAGAACGCCUCGGCCAUCAUUAAGUGCGCCACCUCCAAGGUGAAACUCAUCCUGCUCAGAAAUGAAGAUGCUAUAAACCAGAUGGCCGUCCCCCCCUUCCCGACUCCCCCUCCUCCCCCUGUCCUCAGCCCCGCCAGCCCUGAGUGUGUCACUCCAGCUCCUCCCAGUUUCCCCACCCUCACAGACGGAACCCACCCCCCUGACAGCAGGAUGUCCCCCCCAUCGUCAGACAUAGCGGACGAGACCCGCGAAGAGGCUGAGCAGAACAACAGGAACAGGAACAGAAGCAGCAACAGUAACAGUAACAGCGCCCCCCAGAGUCUGAGAGAGGCCGACACGUCCAAACAGAGGCUGAAAGCUGCUGAGUCUCCAGAAAAUGAGCUCCAGGCUCCGAGGGCCUUGCUGGAGCAGCAGUCCUGCAGGUCCCACAGCAGCUCCAGUAAACAGACAGCAGCAUCUCCUCCUCUGAUCAGCCCUGACCUGCAGACCGCCAACAAAGACCCAUCAUGCUGUGCGGUGGUUCCUGGUCAGGAGACGGUGCUGGAGAUCUGUAAAGGUCGAUCAGGACUGGGACUCAGUAUAGUGGGAGGAAGAGACACACAGCUGGACGCCAUUGUGAUCCAUGAGGUUUAUGAAGAGGGAGCUGCAGCCAGAGACGGACGACUGUGGGCAGGAGACCAGAUACUGGAGGUUAAUGGCGUGGAUCUCCGCGGCGCAUCCCAUGAGGAGGCGAUUGCCGCCCUGCGUCACACGCCAGCGAAGGUCUGUCUGAUGGUGCUGAGGGACGAGGCUCAGUACCGAGAUGAGGAGAACCUGGACCUCUUUAAGAUGGAACUGCAGAAGAAGAGUGGCAGAGGGCUGGGACUCAGCAUCGUCGGAAAGAGGAGUGGUAGUGGUGUGUUCAUCUCUGAAGUGGUCAGAGGGGGCGCUGCUGAGCUGGACGGUCGUCUGAUGCAGGGAGAUCAGAUCCUGUCAGUCAAUGGAGACGACACGAGACACGCCUCUCAGGAAACUGUGGCUGCCAUACUGAAGUGUGCUCGGGGUCAGGUCCAUUUGGAGCUCGGCCGACUCAAAGCUGCAUCCUGGAUAUCAUCCAGACGCAACUCACAGGGAAGCCAGUUGAGUCAUGUGAGUGGGAACAGCUCAGGUGUUGUGGCUCCGCCCCUCAUGCAGACCCCAACCUCAUCCGACCCCCCGACCUCCGACCCCCCGACAACAACCUCCACCGGGCCCCUGGCCCUCAAUAGCAACAUGAAGCCCACACCUGAUAUCACGUCGUCCUCUGCAGGGGCAGAUGCAGGGAUCCGUACAGUGGAGAUCACAAGGGGUGUCAGUGACUCUCUCGGGGUGAGUAUAGCAGGGGGGAAGGGCAGCCCGCUUGGUGACAUCCCCAUCUUCAUUGCCAUGAUUCAGGCCAACGGAGUCGCCGCCAAGACGCACCGACUCAAGGUGGGCGACAGGAUAGUCAGUAUUAACGGUCAGUCUCUGGAGGGUUUGUCACACAGUGAGGUCGUCACCAUGUUGAAGAACAGCUAUGGAAACAUCAGCCUGCAGGUGGUAGCGGACACCAACAUCAGUGCCAUCGCCACUCAGGUGGAGAGUUUGUCCAGCAGCUCCAGUCUGUCGGCCAACACUGACACACACACAGCAGAGCCAGAGGGUCCGCGGCCCCGCAGCAUCAGUCUGGAGAAAGGCUCUGAGGGACUUGGCUUCAGCAUCGUGGGAGGAUUUGGCAGUCCACACGGAGACCUGCCGAUCUAUGUCAAGACCGUCUUCAGCAAGGGAGCGGCGGCGGUGGACGGGCGUCUGAAACGAGGCGAUCAGAUCCUGUCGGUGAAUGGGGAGAGUCUGCAGGGAGCCACACAUGAACAGGCGGUCGCCAUCCUGAAGAAACAGAGAGGAACUGUCACACUGGACGUCCUGUCAUAACACACACACACACACACACACACACACACACGUCGGCAUGCACACACAAUUAUGAAUCGCACACAUGAACACAGAAGCUCCUGUGAUGUGUUCACAUGCAUCACACACACCCUGACUCUCAGAUCGAGAACUCUGAACUUCCCAACGUGCAAAAAAAAAAAGAAACAGCAUCAGACGGUGCCAACACACACACACACACACACACACACACACACACACUGGUGGGUGAAAUCAGUGCACACUGAUGUCUGACACACUGAAACCCUCUGCAGCGUGGACUGUCACCACCUUCAGAUGAUCAGAGUUUCUCAACCUGGGGCUCUCGGCCACAUUUGAACUCACUUGAUAUGUAGAUGGGAUCACGAGAAACUGAUAUCUAUCUGAUUUAUUGAUAUGUGUUUGUUCGUGGUGAUCUCGGCUGCUCAGCUUGUUGUGAUAUCUCAACGACUACCAGACAGGUUGCCAUGAAAUCUGAGGUUUACGUUGCUGCUCCCAGAUCAGUGUGAGGAGUUUUCUCUCUGUUCAUUUCCUUCACUUACUCCCCCUUCUGUCUUUGUGUGCAUUAGUGAAGUAUGUUCAUAAGUUUAUCAUGUUAGCAUGCUAACAAUUACUGAUUAGCACUGAACACAAAAAGGGGAAUGUCAUUAGUUUUCUCUGGUAUUUAGUCAAAGAGCUACAGAACCACAAAGAUGGUGGAACUGUUUUCUGACAUUGCUCUAUGUUAGCUCACAGUACAAUAGCAUUUAGCUGAGCUGUAUUAUCAUACAGUUUUAUGCUUUAGAGUCUGAGCUGUAUCUGCUCAGGCAAAGCUGGAUAAAUAACUACAGUGCUUUGGUUUAUACUGGUUUAUAAUGGUGUAACACUAACAACAUGCUGAGGUUGUGUGUUUUCUGCGUGGGCUAAACGUUGUACCGAAGCUGCUGUAUUCCUGAAUAGAAGAAGCUCAUGUGGCUUAUCAGUGUUUCUCUGCUCAUGAUAUCAGGAGCAGUGAAGAGUCAUAUUUUAGACUGAACCACAGCAGCAGUUGUAACCACAUCCACAUCUUCAGCUUCAGACAGUGUCUGUUUACUGUCGCUGUGUCUCACAUCGUCUCUUCUUCCUGCGAGACCUGCAGAACCUUUCCCUAAACUGGGCCAGUGUUAGAACUGGACUGGACCAAAACACUAACUGGUCCUGUGGAUCGGCAGGAACACAAUGGUACUAUUCAUUUUGACCUGAUGAACAUUAUUAAGAGCUGAAACAAUCAGUCGAGUAAUCAGUUAGUUAAACGACAUGAAAACUGAUCAGUUCCAAAACUAGUUCCUUUAGAAUUUAUUGAUAAUUUAAGUGACUUAUUGACCAAAACUGUCAGAAAUCUUUUGGUUCCAUCUUCUGAGAUUUCGAUAUUUGCAGUUUUCUAUCACAGUAGAAUUGAAUCUCUUUGUUAGUCGCACAAAACAAGACAUUUGAACUCAUCACCUCGGACUCUGGGAGGUAAAGAUGCACAUUUUUCGCUCUUUUCUAACAUUUUAUCAACCAAACAAUUAAUCAAUAUUAUUUGAUAGUGAAAAUAGUUUUUGCUCUAAAAAUAAUCACAACUCCUAAAUUUCAUGGCAAUCCAUUAAAUAGUUGUUGAGAUAUUGUAGUCCAAACCUCAACAUGUAGAGGGGUUGCCGAGGUCAGUAGGAUUCAUCUCUUCUGUGCACAAUUUCAUAUCAAAUCCAUCCUUUAAUGUGUUUAAAUGGGACACUUGUUGUCAGAAAGGUUGAGAGACUCUGUUACAAAGAGCUGUUAUCGAUUCAGAAUUUACAACAAGACGUCCUCACAGUGGAGUCAAGCUAUUUAAACCUGCACCAUUUAACACAGACACAGAUCAUAUUUAUAAUCCAGAGGAACAAAAGGGAAACGUUGAUGGAAAGAUGUGACUGGACAGAGCUUAGCGUUAGCUUAGCAUCUCCUCUGUGGAUACAGACUGGUUAGCUGAUAGCCACCAAGUCAACCAUCGUUCCAAAAUCUCGUCAACGUCUGCCGCCAUCACUAUCAGAGCUUACGGCAUGUGUCUAAAAGUAUGUGGACAGCUGAACGUUCCCUCCAUAUGUGACAGUGUAACAUGUGAUUGUGACAUCAUGUUUUAUAGUCUGCUGCUCUAACGGCCUCCACUGGUCUGCUUUCAGUCAGAUGUUGAAGCUUCUCCGCUGUCCUCUGAAAUACCAUCGUAUCCUGUAACACUGGAACUAAGAGGCCCAAACCCAGAGAAAAGUAGAGCCCUGUCCACAAACUUUUGGUCACUUGGUGCAGAAUGAUCAUCCACUCUGAUCAUUCAGCUGGUUUGGUUGUGUAAACUCACACACUUUACUUGAAGAAAUGUACAUUCAUAUUUAAUAUUCAGAAAUGAUCAAAAUCAGAUUAAGAAGUGCAACAUUUGAAGUCCCUCUAUUUAUCUUUAUAAUCAGUAUAUAAACAUGUAAUAACCGGUUUAUUUAUCUGUAUAAUAAAGAUGUAAUAACUGGUUACUAACAGACUUUAAUGCAGCUGUAAUCAGACCUAACUCCUCCUGUGGACACACAUCAGUGGAGGCUGUAUAAACAGAUAAUGAAUUACACUAAAACAGCUGGAAUGAUAUAAAACAUGUGGGACAAAUACCAAACUUUAAUAAACACUUAGAUCCACUUAUAAAUUACAUUACAGUUAUAAACCAUUAAUUACAUGUGUUUACUGCUUCUAAAUGCUAAACAGGGGCACUUAAAGUGAAGUAUUACCCUCCAUUUAUACAAAACUGUGGGUAGAAAUGAGGUUUUAAAAUAAUAUUAUCAUUGAAACACUUUCUAUUUCUUUAAAAUGAGUAUGACUUUUUUUUCUUUCUCUUUGUGUCAGUGGAAGUACAUCAUGAUCUGUUUUCAGCUGCAGAGGAGAAUGCAGUGUUGUCAGUGAUUGUGUCUCAGUAUCAGGCAGAGCUAUGAUGAUGAAAUGAUGAUGAAAUGAUGAUGAAAUGAUGAUGAAAUGAUGUGACAGGUUACAUGAUAAAAAUGUCACAGGUGCAGCAGCAGAGUGAGGUGACACCAAUCAAGCACAAUCUGUUAAAGCCAACACAGUCACUGCCCGAUACUGGCUUUAUUAAUGUUAAUAAAUCAUUUAUUAAUGCUUCGUAGAUCAUUUAUAAGACAUUAAUCAGCACAAGCUUUGUGUUGCCAGGUUGUGUAAAAUCCUCCUCCUGCAGACACGUUUUCUUUAUAUCUCUCCAGUUUGACCACUCAGCUUCUUCUGGAGAACAGCUGUGGAACAUCUGGAGCCGACUCCAUUUAUAUCCAUUUAUAUUAUUAACAUUGCAGAUCUGAUGAUUAUUGAACCUUUUAUUAAUGAUUUAUCAACAACUGACUCAUGGCUCGUCACAAACUUUAUUUAUGUCACACUAGCACUUCUACCUGCAGACCUGAUGAGUUAUGACGAACCCUGAAUUAUUAUUUGAUCAUAUUAGAUUUAACAGAGUCUUUAUUCAAACAACACAACUGAAUUUUUUUCACUACAGAACCUCAGUGUUGUUUUCUACAUUUGAUCAACAGCCAGUCAGACUCUGUGUAGAAGUUAAUACAUAUUUAUACCAUUAUAAGUCUGCUGCUGUUAAUGUUAAGAAUGAGUUUGUAAAUGGAGUUUGGUCCAGAUGUUCUCCAGAUGUUCUGCAGCUUCUGCAGUUCUAUUCUUAUUAAUGUCUUAUAACUGAUCUAUUAAUCAUUAGUAUAUGACUUAUUAACUGUUGAUAAGUGAGUAAUUACAGCUUAUAAACCCUUCAUAACGAUGUGUUAACAGAACGUGGUACUAAACAGUCUUAUCAGGCUGAACCAGUGAAACUCCUCUUGAGGUGUGACCUUUAAACUGCUAUGAUGAUUUUUAACUUCUCACCUGGCAGCAGCGAUGAAGAUGUGAGUGUGUCGGCACACUGUGACAUCACUGCUGGGCGUGGCCACAGGUGCAACAGACUUUUAAGCUUUCAGCCAGAGACAGAGACAGCCAACACUACAGUGUCCCGUCAUGACACACUUCUAAAUACAUUAUACACACAAACAUAACAACAUUUAUCAUUAAAGAAAUCAGCUGUUCAAGUGUCUAAUUUAGUCAAAGAAGGUGAGUAUUUAAUGCCUCACUCACACACAGAUGCUAAACCUGAUUCCAGAUGUUCUUCCCUUCUUCCAUUAUUACUCAGUCAUGAAUCCAUAUGACACAUAAAUAAACAUUAAACACUGAUGUGACUCUCAGGACUUGGGCUUGGAGAUCCCCUGUCGCUCCCGGCAACAGACACAGAGUCUUCCACAUGGAGGAGAGGCGUGCAUGACAGCUACAGGCCGACAUGUUGUGAAACCGUCGUCAGAGGGAAACUGUUAGCCUGGAAAGUCCACCGUCCAACGAUGACGGUUUUUAAUGAUUAACUUACAGAUGAAAAUUAAAACACCCCUGAAUUUGUAGCUUCAAAUCAGCUUUAAAUUUUAAUUAAGAUCAAAAUGAAGGAGAGACUUGUUGCUUGGUUACAGCGUUGACGGCAUGUUGUCUGUAUUAGCAUUAAAGUGAUUCUUUCACAGUGUAAAAUAACUGAUUGCUCAUGUUAUUUGGAAAAAUUGAAACCUGAUAAAAACCAGUUAAUCCAUUAUUCAGCUUAAAAACCUAUAAAAACACCAACAUUGCAUCAAAAUUAAUGAGUAGAAUUUAAGUCAUUUUAAGGGGGAAAAACAGAAAAAUUUAAUUUGAUUAAUCGAUUGGCAGAAAUUUCUUUGUAGUGAAAUUCAGAAUAUUUGCUCAGUUAUGACGAUUUGCUCAUAAAUCACAGUAAAAGGUUUUGUGAUGUCAUUUUGGGCUCUUUUAAUAUUAUGUAGAUUAAACAACCAAAAACAAUCACUAGGUUAAACAAUAAUGAAAAUAAUCAUUAGUCAGUGGUAAAUCAGAGAGACUUUAAGGUAUCUAACAGAUUCCCUCUGACUGCCAGCGCCGGUUCUGGAUUCACGUCCAUUUUGGUGAAAUAGCCAGAUUCAGUGAGCUGACAAAUCUCUGAUCACACGGUCUGAGGCGGCUCUCUGAGAACCUGAUGGGAUCUGAGAGGGACUCAGCUGUGAUUGGUGGAUUUGAACAGGAGGAUCAAACUGUCGGCCGGUUGCUUCCAUCUUAUGUUACAACAUGAAGAUAGUUGUGAACAGAGUGUAAGUGUCGUACGAUACUGACAUCUGACUCAGCAGCAGCGGUCGACGUCAGUCUUAACAAUGAAGGGAGAACAGUUUGUUCCUUUAUACAUAUCAAUCAAGUGCAAGAUACUUUAUGUUCAGCUUUUUGUGUCAUAAUUGUCUUAAUUUUUGUUACUUUAUUUGUAGAUGUCAGAACAGAUGAACUGUAAUUUAUUUUUGAUCUUGCUGCAAAUUAACAAUGUAAUGUUGUUUUAUUGUUAUCAUGUGUUUUCCAGCGUCUGAAUCACUGAAUGUCAGAAAUCACAACAGAAACCCUGCAGCUUUCUGACAUCUGUCAUUAAAGCAGCUGCUGCAGCUUUUUAUUUGA